UUCAUUCCAACUGCAGCGCAUCAGAGAUCAGCCAAUAAAGUAAACAUCAACAAUAAUUCCGCCUCAAAUUCAACUAAUUCAAGCAUUGAAAUGAAAAUAAAUCGGUAAAAUUACUAUUGAACUGUGGUACAUUUAACUAGAACGUACCCUGGUUGUGAUAGAGCAAACCUGAGAACCUUCUCCGAUGGGUUUCGUGCAGCGAGCUCUUUUCACCUGGUUCAUCAUAUUGGUGUUCCUAAUUUUGCUCUGCCUGAGGCUAGAGAGCCGAAUCAAUUGGAACUGGUUCAUCGUAUUCAUUCCUCUCUGGCUGUAUGACACCAUCCUGAUCACCUGGGUGGUGAUAGAAAUCAUCCAGCGGCAGCACGCCAACCGGUUGAUCUCGUUCCGACACUACGAGUACUAUGUGGCCGGAAUUUUGCUCAAGAUUCUCUCGCAGAUUGCCAUCUGCCUCAAGCUGGAGUACAACAGCUUUCCGCUGUACGCAAUGAUGGUUCCGAUCUGGUUGCUACUGGCCAUGCUGGUGGUGUAUAUUGGUACCAACCUGCAGCCGAAGCCCCGGUCAAUGGGGUCAAACAAGAGCAGCCGCCAGACGACAACCGCUUCGUCCUAGGGGUACGUCCGGGUGAAACUUCGAGUUUCGCCCUCCCCCAGGAGGAGUGCCGCCGCGGAAGCUCCCGAAGGAACCCUCUGGGGAUUUUAGCUGAGCCGCACGAUCUGUGUAAGUAGCAAUUUUCUGGCAAAAUUGAAUGGUGACAUUAAGAAUUACAAUGAUAGUGAGAUACUGAUUGAAUAGUCACCGCUUUCGACACAAAUUAACUAAUAAGAAUGUUGAUUAGCGUUAGCUCGAUAAUGACAUAAGAAGUUCUUGAUUUAAAGGACACAUGGUAGACUUAUUCAACUGUUGUAAACAAAUUCUCAUAACAUUCUAAGACCUAGCAGCAGGUCAAAUUACAUGAACCUUGACUGAA